CUUCCAAGUCUCAGAGAAUGACCUCUCCAGCCUCAGCGGGCGGGCGGGGGUCUGUGGCGAAAGUGCAGGUCGGCAGCGCCGCGGCGCCGCGUUUACCCUAAGCAGACGCCGUCGCCGCCGCUCCUGCCUCCGCCGCUGCCACUGCCUUUGCCGCCACCGUCUCCGCCGCCGCUGUCCCCGCGCUGCCCCCGGGAGCCUCCAUUGUUUUGGCGGCGCCGGAUCCCGAGGCCGGACAACCUGGAGGUCCUCGAAACGGGCGGCGACCGACGGAGUUGAGACACCGGGGCGCCGGCGGGACCGGGAGCGACAGGGGUCAGCGCGGGAAUCCCGGGAGUCCGGGCCAGAGCGUGGGGCGGCAGGGUGCCGGGGUGGCGAGAUCUGCGGUCUCCGGAGUUGGGGCUCCCCCUCCCCGGCCCGUCUUUCCCCGCCGGCCUCCCCAAGUGGGGUCGGAGCCCUGGCGGGCGCUCCCGGCGAUGAACCCGGACUCGAGGUGGCCGUCCCAACGGGACAUCUGCCAGGGGCUCUGUACUACUCCGGGAGUCAGGGCGACAGAGCCACAGUGUUCACUGGGGACCCGUGUCUGAAAGAGGAGAGCUUGUUUGUGCUUCUGAUUGGUUUGUUUAAAGACAGCUGCAGCUCCAAAUCUUGUGAUGCCCCCAUUCAGCUAUUCAUUCAACACAUUAGUCAUCAUUUGCCAGAAACUGAAUGUCUACUACAUGACAGAUGUGACAGCAUGGGGGUGGACUUUGAUGUAAAGACUUUCUGCCACAACUUACGGGCAACUAAGCCACCAUAUGAGUGCCCUGUGGAGACCUGCCGCAAGGUAUACAAGAGUUACAGUGGCAUCGAGUACCACCUGUACCACUAUGACCAUGACAACCCACCACCCCCACAGCAGACUCCACUUCGCAAGCACAAGAAGAAGGGGCGCCAGUCGCGCCCAGCCAACAAGCAGUCACCCAGCCCGUCUGAGGUAUCCCAGUCACCAGGCCGUGAGGUGAUGAGCUAUGCACAGGCCCAGCGUAUGGUGGAGGUGGACCUGCAUGGCCGUGUCCACCGCAUCAGCAUCUUUGACAACCUGGAUGUGGUUUCAGAGGAUGAGGAGGCCCCUGAGGAGACUCCUGAGAAUGGCAGCAAUAAGGAGAACACUGAGACACCAGCUGCUACUCCCAAGUCAGGCAAGCAUAAGAACAAAGAGAAGCGCAAGGACUCCAACCAUCACCAUCACCAUAAUGCUUCUGUGAGCACCACUCCCAAGCUGCCAGAGGUGGUAUACCGGGAGUUAGAACAGGACACCCCUGAUGCCCCACCCCGGCCAACUUCCUAUUACCGGUACAUCGAGAAGUCAGCGGAGGAACUAGACGAGGAAGUAGAGUACGACAUGGAUGAGGAGGACUACAUCUGGCUGGAUAUCAUGAACGAGCGGCGAAAGACAGAAGGUGUGAGUCCCAUCCCACAGGAAAUCUUUGAAUACUUAAUGGACCGGCUGGAGAAGGAGUCCUACUUUGAGAGCCACAAUAAAGGUGACCCCAACGCCCUAGUAGAUGAGGAUGCUGUGUGUUGUAUCUGUAAUGAUGGUGAGUGCCAGAACAGCAAUGUCAUCCUGUUCUGUGAUAUGUGCAACCUGGCUGUGCACCAGGAGUGCUACGGUGUCCCCUACAUCCCUGAGGGCCAAUGGCUGUGCCGCCGCUGCCUACAGUCACCCUCCCGUGCUGUGGACUGUGCCCUGUGCCCCAAUAAGGGUGGUGCCUUCAAGCAGACAGAUGACGGGCGCUGGGCCCAUGUGGUGUGUGCCCUGUGGAUCCCUGAGGUCUGCUUCGCCAACACAGUCUUCCUGGAGCCUAUCGAUAGCAUCGAACACAUUCCACCAGCUCGCUGGAAGCUGACCUGCUACAUUUGCAAACAGCGGGGCUCAGGGGCCUGCAUCCAGUGCCACAAGGCCAACUGCUACACAGCAUUCCAUGUGACAUGCGCCCAGCAGGCUGGCCUUUACAUGAAGAUGGAGCCUGUGCGGGAAACGGGUGCCAAUGGCACCUCCUUUAGUGUCCGCAAGACGGCCUACUGCGACAUCCACACCCCGCCAGGCUCAGCACGCCGCCUGCCUGCCCUGUCUCACAGUGAGGGGGAGGAAGAGGAGGAAGAGGAGGAGGAGGAGGGUAAGACUUGGAGCUCAGAGAAGGUCAAGAAGGCCAAGGCCAAGUCCCGGAUCAAGAUGAAGAAGGCGCGGAAGAUCCUGGCAGAGAAGAGGGCAGCAGCACCUGUGGUGUCGGUGCCCUGCAUCCCUCCACACAGGCUCAGUAAAAUCACCAACCGCCUGACCAUCCAAAGGAAGAGCCAGUUCAUGCAGAGGCUGCACAGCUAUUGGACCCUGAAGCGGCAGUCACGGAACGGAGUCCCACUGCUACGUCGCCUGCAGACACACCUGCAGUCUCAGAGGAACUGUGACCAAGUCGGGAGAGAUUCUGAGGAUAAGAAUUGGGCUCUCAAAGAACAGCUCAAGUCCUGGCAGCGGCUCCGGCAUGACCUAGAGCGAGCUCGGCUGCUGGUGGAGCUGAUCCGCAAGCGGGAGAAACUCAAAAGGGAGACGAUCAAGGUCCAGCAGAUCGCCAUGGAGAUGCAGCUGACCCCUUUCCUCAUCCUCCUUCGCAAAACCUUAGAGCAGCUCCAAGAAAAGGACACAGGCAACAUCUUCAGCGAGCCGGUCCCUCUGUCUGAGGUAACCGAAUUGGACGAAGUACCUGACUACCUAGACCACAUCAAAAAGCCCAUGGACUUUUUCACCAUGAAGCAGAACUUGGAGGCUUACCGUUACCUGAACUUUGAUGAUUUUGAGGAGGACUUCAACCUCAUCGUCAGCAACUGCCUCAAGUAUAAUGCCAAGGAUACCAUCUUCUACCGGGCAGCAGUGCGGCUCCGUGAGCAGGGUGGUGCUGUGCUCCGCCAGGCCCGGCGCCAGGCAGAAAAAAUGGGCAUUGACUUUGAGACUGGCAUGCAUAUCCCCCACAGUCUGGCUGGAGACGAGGCCCCACACCACACUGAAGAUGCAGUAGAGGAAGAGCGGCUGGUCCUGCUGGAGAACCAGAAGCACCUGCCAGUGGAAGAGCAGCUGAAGUUGUUGCUGGAGCGGCUGGAUGAGGUGAAUGCCAGCAAGCAGAGUGUGGGCCGAUCACGGCGUGCAAAGAUGAUCAAGAAAGAGAUGACAGCAUUGCGGCGAAAGCUUGCCCACCAGCGGGAAACUGGACGGGAUGGACCUGAGCGGCACGGCACUUCCAGCCGGGGCAGCCUGACACCCCACCCAGCAGCAUGUGACAAGGACGGCCAGACAGACAGUGCUGCCGAGGAGAGCAGCAGCCAGGAGACAAGCAAAGGCCUGGGUCCCAACAUGUCCUCAACCCCCGCACAUGAGGUGGGCAGGAGAACCUCAGUUCUGUUCUCCAAAAAGAACCCGAAGACAGCUGGACCGCCCAAGAGGCCGGGCCGGCCCCCCAAAAACCGGGAGAGCCAGAUGACCCCCAGCCACGGAGGCAGUCCUGUGGGACCCCCCCAGCUCCCCAUCAUGAGCUCCCUGCGCCAGCGCAAGCGGGGUAGGAGCCCCCGGCCCAGUUCGAGCUCAGACAGCGACAGUGAUAAAUCCACAGAAGACCCCCCAAUGGACUUACCAGCCAAUGGCUUCAGCGGUGGAAACCAGCCAGUGAAGAAGAGUUUCCUGGUGUACCGUAAUGAUUGUAGCCUCCCCCGGAGCAGCUCGGACUCCGAGUCCAGCAGCAGCAGCAGCAGCAGCGCCGCCUCCGACCGGACCAGCACAACACCCUCAAAACAAGGCCGGGGCAAGCCCUCCUUCUCUCGGGGCACAUUCCCAGAGGACAGCAGUGAAGAUACCUCAGGCACUGAGAACGAGGCCUAUUCCGUGGGCACUGGCCGCAGUGUGGGCCACAGCAUGGUAAGGAAGAGUCUAGGCCGGGGAGCUGGCUGGCUGUCGGAGGACGAGGACUCCCCACUGGAUGCUCUGGACUUGGUGUGGGCCAAAUGCCGAGGGUAUCCAUCAUACCCAGCUCUGAUCAUUGAUCCAAAGAUGCCCCGGGAAGGUAUGUUCCACCAUGGGGUUCCUAUCCCUGUGCCCCCACUGGAGGUGCUGAAACUUGGGGAACAGAUGACCCAGGAAGCCCGAGAGCAUCUCUACCUCGUCCUCUUCUUUGACAACAAGCGAACCUGGCAGUGGCUCCCCAGGACCAAGCUGGUUCCUCUGGGUGUGAACCAGGACCUUGACAAGGAGAAGAUGCUGGAGGGCCGCAAAUCCAACAUCCGAAAGUCAGUGCAGAUUGCCUACCACAGGGCUCUACAGCACCGCAGCAAGGUGCAGGGUGAGCAGAGCAGCGAGACCAGCGACAGUGACUGACACUGCCCAGCCCAGCCCAGCCCAUAGCAGCCUACAGUGCCCUGCCACCUCUCUCCUCCCCUUUGCUUGCUGUCCUGGAGUGGCACCGGCCUCUGCACUGACUCAUUCCUGGUCUUGGGGCCAGUCUCAGGGGAAGCUGGGUGGGGGAGGUCCCUCCUGCCCUGAGUGCAGCUGGACUGUACAAAACACUCCAAAGGCCCAUGGUGGCUCUGUGCAAGGAGAGGGGAGGUCUCACAGGCCAGAAAUCUACAGAGACCUCAGCACUGUAGUGCAGGUGGUGGGCCAAGGUUAGGACACUGCAUAAAACAGGCCAUCCCAACCACCUCUGCCUGCUCGUGCCAGGAGAUCUGUAACUGCCUAUAAGGCCUGAGGCCCCUGCAAAUGGUGAGGUGAGUGGGCAUCUGCCCAGCUUAGCGGUGGGAUUGAUGUCUGUCCAGCCCGGAAGAGGGGCACUAGGUGACCCCCUCCCCUGCAAUUGUAAAUACUGUAAUUAGCGGAGAAUUUAAAUUAUUCUCAUUUGUAACUGCGUUUCCGGGUCGCGCCAGAGUCAUUUGGUACUAAAAAAGACUGGGGCCUGUCCCCACUGCCCUUCUUCCCAUAGAUUCCCCCACCUUUCAAACUGGUUUGUAUUUAUUUCAAAAGAAGAAAAUAUAUUGAUUCUUAGAAAAUAAAUGGUCUGUUUG